AUGUGGUUUCGACGAAAAAAAUAUGAAUCCUUCCAAACAGUUGGGCGCGUGGCUGGCAUAUUUUGUUAUCCUGUAAAGUCCUGUGCUCGUCUUUCAGUUGACCGGGCUUAUUGUUCUCAAUAUGGACUUCGCUGUAAAGGAGUCGGAGACAGAAAGUGGAUGGUGAUUCGACCAAAUUAUGCCUUUCUUUCUCAAAGACAAGAGCCGAAAAUGGCCCUCAUCCAGCCAAAUAUUGAUGAUGAGAAAUAUUUAGAACUGACUGCUCCUGGAAUGGAACCUCUUUACUUACCAAAAUCACCCAAAUCCAUUAUUCCACCAGAAAUACUAAAUUGCAGCGUUUGGGGUACAGAAAUAAGAGGAGAAGACUGUGGGAACGAGGCUGCCAACUGGAUGAACAAAUUUCUUGAAAAAGAUGGAUACCGAAUGGUGAUUUCUACAGAUCAACUUGACAAGAGAGAUGUCAAACUUAAAGCAGGAAUUCCAGCAGACUGUCAGUGUAUCUAUCAAGAUAGCGCUCCUUUCAAUAUUCUUUCUCAAGCCUCCGUUGAUAACCUUAACAGCAAAGUUGAAAAAACAGUCAGUGAUAAAAACUUCCGAACAAACAUUUUAGUGGAAGGUUGCAUGGCAUUUGCCGAGGAUACCUGGCAUGAAAUUAAAAUUGGAAAUGACGUCCUAUUUCACUACUUGGAACCUUGUGGCAGGUGUCUCCUUCCUACUGUUGAUCCCGAAAAAGGAGUGAAGGACCCUAAACAAGAACCUUAUGAGACCCUAAAAAAAUUUCGGACACCAGUUGGGCAAAACAAUCCAAAUUUUGGAGUGAUGAUCAGUGUUGACCAAGAAGGCUGGAUACAAGUUGGGGACCCAAUUUAUGCACUACCACGGUGCUAG